CAAGCCACUAUCGCGCAGGGAGGGGGAGAGAGGCUGCGAGGGCGCAGGGACGCGGGGGGCCCGGCGAGCUGAUUCCCCUGCCGGGGAGCAGUCGUUGAGUCCGCCGCCCAGACUCUCUCUCCCUCCUCCGGUUCGGCCUCGCGGUGGUCUCGCCCAGACUCGGCCAUAGUGACCGCGGUCGCAUCAAGGAAAGAUGGUGGCUCCGGCCUCUGUGCCGGUAGCGGCUUCGUGAGUGCGGCACUCGCUCCCCGCCCCGCCCCGCCGGGCGCAGGGACCAUGUCGGACUCGGAGGAGGAGAGUCCGGACCGGCAGAUCAAGUUAGUGGUGUUGGGGGACGGCACCUCCGGCAAGACGUCUUUAGCCACACGUUUUGCCCAGGAAGCUUUUGGGAAACAGUACAAACAGACUGUAGGACUGGACUUCUUUUUGAAAAGAAUAACAUUACCAGGAAACUUGAAUGUUACUCUUCAAGUGUGGGACAUAGGGGGGCAAACAAUAGGAGGCAAGAUGUUGGAUAAAUAUAUCUAUGGAGCCCAGGGUGUCCUUUUGGUAUAUGACAUCACCAAUUAUCAGAGCUUUGAAAAUUUAGAAGACUGGUAUAAUAUGGUAAAGAAAGCAAAUGAAGAAUCAGAAAUUCAGCCACUUGUGGCCUUGGUAGGCAAUAAAAUUGAUUUGGAGCACAUGCGAACAGUGAAAACUGACAAACACCAACGAUUUUGCCAGGAAAAUGGUUUCAGUAGCCAUUUUGUGUCAGCCAAGACAGGCGAUUCUGUCUUCCUGUGUUUUCAGAGAAUUACUGCUGACAUCCUUGGCAUCAAAUUAAACAAAGCAGAAAUGGAACAAUCACAGAGGGUGGUGAAGGCAGAUAUUGUAAACUACAGUCAAGAGCCUGUGGCAAGAACUGUUAACCCUCCUAGAAGCUCAAUGUGUGCAAUUCAGUGAACAUAUUUUUCUUUGUAUUGAUACCGUUGGCAGCCUUUCUUCCCUUGAACAGGCCUAGAGGUUGCCAGGAACUUUGUUUGAACAGUGACCAUCACUGUAGUGCAGUUAGAGGUUUCGAAAACUUGCUACGCCAUUGUGUGUUGAAAAGCAGCAGGCAUUUUGUUUUAUUGGCCUAGAUUCAAACAGUGGACCACACACUUUGAAAAAUUAAGAUAUAUUUCUGAAUUAUAUUCCCAUAAAGCAGUGUAACUGUGUAUACAUAUGCCCUACUAUCUUUUUGAUUGAUGUUGCGGUAAAAUUGGAUUAGAAUUCCUGUAUUCAAAAUAGUUUUAAAGGCAUUACUGCUGUAAGGUAUUUUGCCAAGGCAUUUUGUCUUUUUUUCCUGUGAUCUAAACUGACACUCAGCAAAAUGUAACUUGGAGAAGCUAUUGUCAGAUUAGCAUUUGAACCAGUAAUAUAUUUUAUGUAAGAAUAAUUUGGAAGAUAUUCCAUUGUUAUAUAGUGCAAAAAUGUAUAAACUGUAUCUAAUGAGAAACAGUCCUUGAAAUAAAGCUAUAAUAAGAACAUA